AUGGCCUCCCGCCAACUAUCACCAGUGCGCCCCCGCGGCCGCAGCCGAGGCCGUGGCCGUACUCCCAGUCAAGAUUGCGAUCACACUCGAGGUCGCGGUCGAGGAAGAGGUCGGGGUCGAGGUCGCGGUCGCGGUAGCGGAGGUGGCAGUCCUGGUGUUCCCUAUGGCGGUGUUCUCGGUCAUGGUCGUGGUCGUGGUCGCCCCUGCGGCCACCAUCUUCAUGCUUAUGGGCACAGCAACUGGCAUGCAAGUCUCUAUGAGGAUCCACCUAGUAUCACAUAUGUCAUACAGGAUGACUACUCCAUCCAACUGGCCAACGACACCUCGAGCGAGGAGUACGAUGACCACCUCCAGACCCACCCCUACUGGCACCAUGAGAUGCUUCGAUCCUACCCUUCCCUCACUGCCCCCAACGUGGACCCCCGCCCCGGCCCCAGUGAACAGCCGGUGCUCCACACGCCCCUGUGGUCCACGGUGGCUGCCUCUGCCGUGGAGUUCCACCAGCCAACAGGCGACAACGCAGCAGCAUGGAGUUCUGUGGAGGCAUCAGGGGACCAGGCAGAGAUAGCAACUGAAGCAGCAGAACAGCAAGAAGAGGAGUUCAGAAUUCAGAUCACAGAUGCCAGAACAAUAAGUCAACAUCAGUUUGACAACUGGAGUGAAAAUUUUGAAUAUGAGGAAGAAAAAGAAGCAGAAGAAAAAAUUCAAAACACUAAACAAAGAGUUGAACCUGAAAAGGACCUGGACCCAGCAGAUGGCAGCUCUUGAAAAGCCAGUUAAGAACAAUAAAAAGAAGAUGAAAAAGAAGAAUCUGUUGUUCACUCUUUUUACUUUUCAGAAGCCAAUGGGAAACUUUAACACUGAUACUAUUUCAAAGUGCAUUGCCCAAAAAGUUAGCUAAAUAAUAUUCCAAAGUUCAUU